GUACAUAAAUAUGUAUCUUAUUCAAUAAACUGAAGAGUAUCCGAGUAUGAUUUCAAGCUUCUGAUUUUAGACAUCUCUUGUGAUAAUCUGACGAUCAAAAACUGGACCAGGAAAAGACAGGACAAAGGAAAACAUGGCACAAGAAGUAAAAAGUUUAUCUGUCUUUUCGAUUGGAUGGUAUUGCAUUAAAAGUGUAACAAAGGAAAUGGUCAUAGCGACCUUUUGUAAAGAAUCAACAAAAGAGCAGAUUACUCUGAUUAUAUACAAAUGAGUUGCCGGGAAUUUAUGAAAUAUUAAUAAUUCAAUCAAGACCGACAAACCAAAAAUUUUGAAAAUGCACAUCAGAUGGUUGCUUCUGCGUUUGAGGAACGCAAUCAUUUUGAAAAAGCCAUGUGAUGCUUUACGUCACAAGAAGCCGGUGUUGAUCUCAAUCAUCAUUUUCUUGUGUUUAUUACUACAUAUAGUAGUAAAGACACCGGUAGAGCCUCGUUCUGAUCAUCGAGAAGAUUACAUCAACCUGAUAUGUAGCUCUGACAGAUUUAAUUUGAAACAAGCAGCAGUGCAAGACUUAAAAACGCAAAACGACAAUAGUGCGACACAGCAGCUCCUAUCUGUAGCAAGUAAAAUUAGUUUGAGAAAAAACCGCAUGGUUCUUUUUACUGUCAUAAACGAGGCUUAUUUGCCUUUUGCCUAUAGCUGGUUAUGCAAUACGAAAACCAUGAACAUACACGACUCUGUUUUAUUCGUAACAACCGAUUCACAGUCAAAGAAAAAGUUGCAAAAGGAUUGGCCGGAAGUUAAUGUCAUAUCAAUGAAUAUGGAUGAUCUCCGUGGCAACCAGUCAUACAGCCGAGUAGGAUAUAUUAAAAUUACGGUAAAACGAACGGAAAUGAUACAGACUUUACUUAUGGCAAAUAUAGACGUGUUCGUUUUUGAAGUAGACUGUGUAUGGCUAGGUAAUCCAGUUACUGCUAUAUCGUUCGAAGAACGACACGACAUAAUUGUGAAUCCAGUCUACGGUACAAAAGACCUGUUCGCCAGUGGCUUCAUAUUACUCCGGAAAACGUGCCGGUCGAAAAUCGUCUGGCAGAAAGUCACUGAUAUGAUGAAUGAGCUAGGGAAAAGAAUAGCAGAUUUACACGAGGAUGACGUCUUGGAAAAUUAUGGCUCGGAAAAUGAGCAAAAAUAUUUGGCAGAUUUGAUUCUAGACGGGUAUGGAAAUGUAACACUGAAAAUGUUACCACUAGAGUUAUAUGCAGAUGGCCAAUGGUACAAUUUGAACGACGAAGAACGAGCUAAAAUCCGACCAAUAAUCAUAAAUAACAAUUGGAUUAUUGGUAACCAAGCAAAAAUUGAGAGGGCUAAACAAUGGAACCAUUGGUUUCUUCGUGGUGAUCAUACAUGUGACAUGGACUUGGUGAAGAAAAUUAUUUAUUGAACACGUGCGGCAAUGAAUACACGCCAAAAGACCCGGAUGUCUGGCGGACUGUUUCAAAUUACAGUCAAACCUGUGAAUGAAGGUCUGCCAAAGAAAUGGAUAAAAUUGGCUUUAGUGUAUCAGUUAAUUUGAUCUCAUUGUGAAAAAAAACAUUCCUCAAUCUACUGCGAACCUAUUGCAUGAAAUGCUUUCAUAAACUGUUGAUAAAACCAUAUGAACCUUGUUCAUAAACUGUCGACAUAGUUCAUAAAACAUUAGUUCAUAAACUCACGGAAUAGAUCAUAUAAAUGUCUUUCAUUUUACUGGCGACAAUGCUCAUUUUAAACCUUCUUCAUAAACUGUCGACAUCGAUGUUGUAAACAUCGUUCAUAAACUACAAGAAGAACAUCAUAGUGACUUCGUUCAUGAACUGUCAAAUAGAAUGCUACAGCAUUAAGAUCUCGUUCAUGAACUGUUAAAAAAGAAUGUUACAUACACCUCGUUCAUAAACUGUGAACAAGGACAUUACACAUUCGAUCACCUCGUUCAUAAAAUGUUAAUUAAUUUCUUUUAACGGUGUUCAUAUUUUGACAAGCAGAAUCUAUGGAAAUGAAUCGUUCUAUGAAAUUCAAGUGAUUUAAUUACUACAAAUGUACAUAUAGUAUAAUUGUUGUUUAAGUCUACAAAACAUUCCUGUUUUUCAGUAAUCAUGUUAAAUGUUGCGUUAUUUGUUUGUUUUUGUUUGUUUGUUUGUUUUUUUUUAUGUUUUUUUACUUACAUUUUAGCUCGACUAUUCGCAGAAUAGGGAGAGCUAUUUGAUUCAUUCCGGUUUUAGUGUCGUCGUCACACUUUGGACAAGUUUUUGCAAGCAAGCUGGUAUCUCUAAAACUACUUAAGAAAAUGGGUUGAAAUUUCACUAACUUGUUCUCUGUGAUUUUCUAAGAUCGAGCUCACUGCUUUAAGGAGAGCUCUUGUUUGUUUAAAUCUGACUAGAUAAGUUAGAAAUAUUUCAAAACAUUGACUUUGAAUGAUAAUUAUGCAUUAUUUCUGUGUAUUAUAUAUUUGCAUUAAAUGUUUAAAAUAUGUUGUUAUUAAAACAUUUUUAUGUU